UGAGACACAAAAACCAUCGUGGAUGCGGUCUGUAAUAAUAAACAGGAAAUGAAAUUGAGAAAAUUUUCCAUGUGAAAGGUGAGAAGAAGCUCUUUCCUCUUUGAGCCAUCCGUUUUUUUAGUUCAUCAGAAAAUGAGCGUAAGAAUUUUGAGGCGUAUUCCUCCGAAGUUCUUUGUUUGCUCGCGAAGUAACCGCGAAAGUUCCCCGCCGUUGCACGUUUUUUGACUACUGGUGGCUCGGAUCAUCAUCUUCUUCCCUACAAAAAGGCCUUUCUCCCUCCAAUUUUUUUGUUAAUCCGUUUGCGACUUUGGAGACCUCGAUUCGUGCUUCGAUCUUGCAUCUAAUAGAGAAUCGAAUGGCCGCUGGGGCGGCUUUUAAGCGGGUGGGGCAAUUGGUAACCAGUUCAGGAUUUCGAAGGUUUGGAGCUUCGAAGGUGUCUUCGUUUGAAAGCGCAAUCUACGACCGUUCUGCAACUAGUUUAUCGGCUUCCAUCUCUUUGAUUUCCUGGUACAGACACUGUGAAUGUAGGCAGAUCUCUCAUCUUGUGAAAUCUAACGGAAAGCGAUUGUUUCUAGUCGACACUUUAGCCCUAGUUAGGAAAUUGGAAGGUCAAGGAGUGCCCUCAAAUCAAGCUGAGGCAAUAACAGCUGCCAUUACUGAAGUGUUAAAUGAUAGCUUGGAAAAUGUAUCUCACUCAUUUGUUUCAAAGGGGGAGAUGCAGAAAAUUGAAAUGAUCCAGGAUGGCAAUUUAUCAAAAUUCAAAUCGGAAGUUCAAAGUUCACAGGGACACCAUUUUUCUUUAUUGGGACACGAGACUGAAAAACUCCGAAACGAUAUAGAAAAGAUGCGCAGCGAGUUGAGGUAUGAAAUCGACAAAGUCACAGCUGGACAACGAUUGGAUUUGAAUCUUGAAAGAGGGAGGAUACGGGAUGAGCUAGCUAAUCAGAAUGCUGAAACAACCAACCUAACUAAUAAACUUGAUCGGGAAAUUCAUGCUCUCAGGGCUCAACUGGAAGCUGCAAAAUACGAUGUAAUAAAGUACUGCAUCGGUACCCUUGUUUCGAUAUCUGCCGUGGGUCUGGCUGUCCUCCGCAUCUUAAUGUAAACAAUUCAAGUCAUGUUCACAAAAUUCUGAUAACUGGUGUUAGGAUUUAUCAAGGACGAAAUUCUUUUGAGUUUCUUCAACAAGAUGACAUUUUUUCGAUUUUUUUCCCUUCCUUUUGCCUUCUUUUAGCCGAGAGAGUUUCCAUGUAUUAUUGUUUUUUCUCAUGGAAAUGGAUCUCGAUGUAGUAGCAUGUAUUGAAUUCUACUCAUUUGGGAUGAAUCAUAGUGAUAAUAAACAAUUAAACACUUUCUUUUGAUGUAAUAAGGGAGGGUUGUUCAAAAUAUUAGGAUCCAUAUUAUUGUAUUUAUUUCUUAAAUACCAUGCGCCAAAGGCUUUGAUGGGCA